AUGAGCGAGGUAGUGCAAGAGAGUGGCGGCUCCAAAAGACCAGGCGUCGCCUCAGCAUGUACAGUUUGUUACCAGAAGAAGCAAAUGCCGCGGGAAUAUGGUGGUCCCGCUGAAGAGGAUGUGCAAUUGAUACCCAUGAGUCUCGUUCAUAUUGGAGGGGCCCUCUACUUUUCCGCAAUCGAAGGUCGUAAUCAAGAGUCAAAACAAGCUUAUCCGGAAGGAGAUGGCGCAUCACCAUCAGACAUCGCUAUUCUGGAAGCAAGCAGCGCCUUUGAUUUCUCCUCGCGUGCCAUCAAAACUUUCCUCAUUGAUAGUUUCUUCAAGUACUGCUACCCUUGGCCCUUACUUGUCCAAGCGGUUCUUCUUGCCGGAAGUCGUGUCGUAUCAAUGGGGUCUGUAUCAAGUCAAGACCUUUACAUGAAAGCAAAGGCACUCUUUCACUCCAACCAAGAGAAGAAUCCAAUUAUCCUCAUUAUCGCAUGCCUCUUGCUUCAGUGGUGGAAUUCAGCUGGCCCAGAGCGGAUAUCACUGGAUAGCAGCGUGGUUUGGCAGCGAACCGGUGAUGGAAUAGCAACGUCAACCCGGAAGAAUAAUCCCUUUCGGCGCUGGCGAUGGUGGUCUCUGGCUGCCAGAUAUUUUCAAAUUUCAGCUGCACACGGCCGGCCUAAGGCAAUUCAAACAGAAGAGUCGACUGUACCUCCUCUAACUAUAGAGGAUUUUCGACAGGGUGAUCCACAUGCGUCUUUCUCAGUCAACUAG